AAUGUCAGGAAUUUUCCUCAUUACAAAACAACACGUAUAUUUUUGCAGCACGUGUUAUACUUGUCAGAGAUAACGACUGAUGAUGAGAUACGGCAAAAUUACCGGAUAGUUAUGCACGCACUUGCUGCAAAUAAGUAUCACGACAAAGUAUUCGUGACACAAAAUUGUAUAGAUUUUAAAAAUGAACUUGUCAUCUGGAAUAAAAUAUAGUUUCCUGGUGGUGGUUGUGGUACUCAUGCAAAACAAAGUCGUCGUGAGCGAGGAGGCAAUUAAAGUUCAUUUAGCUGAAGGAAGAACGGACCUGGAGGAAUUCGCGUCGAAAUUGGAAAUGACGCUGAACCAGUGGUAUCCUUACAUCAAGGGGCUACUCUCCUCAGAUUCGUCGACGCCCAACUACAGCCCACCUGUAACGAUCAACGUCUUCUUUGAACGAAUGGAGGACAAGUCGACGAUAGCAAUGGCUUCGAGUGAAGGGAGAAUAAUCCUGGGGAACAUUGACUACUAUCAGACUCACCAGCACGAUGUGGGUUCAAUGAUUCAUGAAUUAGUUCAUUUGAUUCAGGAAUAUCCGAAAAAUGUUUGCCCCACUUGGCUGAUUGAAGGCAUUGCAGACUAUGUAAGAUAUUACCACUUUCACCGGCAAGACCAACACACUGAUCGUGUCCGAGGAAAAUUAUUUCUAAUGCCGAGAAAACCAUCGAGAAGGCAAAGUUGGCGAGAUGGAUAUGCAACAACGGCAUUCUUUCUUGAUUAUGUUGUGGCCAAUGUACGAGAGGAUUUUCUCUACUGGAUUAACAAAUCUUGUAGAGACGGUCACUACAGGGAAAGCAUAUGGAAGAAAUUAACGGGGCACAGUAUCAUUAAAUUAUGGAGAAAAAUGAUAAAGAAUGGAUGAUAAAAGUAUGAUUUAUUUAAUUAUUA